CCAAACCGCGCUCGGUCAUGGCCAAGGUGGGAACCUCUGCAGCAACGGCAGUCAAGAAACGUUCGGCGAAAGAUAUUGAAACUGAAGAUGCUUCACGGCAAGAGCCUCCUACCAAGCGAGUGUUUCCUAUUUUUGCCAAACCCGGCGACGUGGCUACCGUGCCGGAACCCGCUGGUCCAUUAAGAUGGAAGCAGCCCCCUUUCCUGCCGUCAACUUGUAUACUUGGCGAAAACCUGAAUGCGGAAAUCCGGCCGUCUAUUGCUGGUUUUGACCUUGAUGGCACCGUUAUCAAGUUUGCAUUUUCAAAAAGCGGAACUGAAUGGGAAUUCUGGCAUAAAUGCGUGCCCAUGUUCUUGAAAGAAGCUUAUGAUGCUGGACAUACUGUCGUGUUCUUCAGCAACCAGCUUUAUCCAGAGAAGAAGCUGGCACAAUGGCGACAGAAGAUCCAACUUAUUGCAAAAGAGCUGCACGAGAUACCAUUUCUCCUAUUUGCUGCGACAGCGAGAGAUAGCUACAGGAAACCCAUGCCUGGAAUGUGGCUAGCGAUAGAAAAGCUUGCGCGAGAGGCUGGCGUUACCUUAGAUAAGCAGAAAUCAUUUUUCGUCGGUGACGCGGCAGGACGAAAAGAAGACCAUGCAGGUACUGACAGAAAGUUCGCGGGAAAUGUCGGAAUCAAGUUCCUCACCCCAGAAGAAUACUUCCUAAAGCGGCCAGCUAAGCCCUACGAAUUAAAAGGCUUCAAUCCGAAUCAGCUGCCUCCAAAUGAAGGCCCAAGGAUCACUCCUACAUCAUCGCCCAUUUUACCUGCGACUGAAGAAAGACCAGAGAUAGUCAUUUUCGUUGGCCCUCCAGCAUCCGGCAAGACGUCCCUAUUUGAAAGCUCAUUCCAACCUGCUGGAUAUGAGCACGUCAAUCAAGAUACGUUAGGCAGCCGCCCGAAGUGCUUGAAGGCCGCCGAAGCAGCUAUUAGAAAGGGGGUUAGCUGUGUUGUUGAUAACACGAAUCGUGACAAGAAAACUCGUAAAUACUAUGUCGACCUGGCGAAGUCAUUAUCUGUCCCUAUAAGAUGUUUCGUUUUCAAGGUUUCCACAGAUCUCGCAUGGCACAACAAUCUUUAUCGAGCAUACUGUCUUCCUUUAAUUGCUAGCACGAACUCAUCCAACACAAAGCCAAAACUUAUUCCGUAUACCGCAUUGGCAUCCUUUCCUCAAGCCUUUGAGGAGCCGACCGCUGAAGAGGGUUUCAAGGAUGUUAAGAUCGUCAACUGGCAAUUUCAAGGUGACGAGGUACAGGAGAGAUACUGGAGGAUGUGGCUGCAGAUCGAUGGCAAAUGACGAGUCACUCGUUGAUCGAACUAUCUUACAAUUAUUUAUUCCCUUCAUGCUACAGCAUAUAGUCACUUGUCUCUAAUGUAGACUACUGAUAGAUUCUAACGGCACCCGAUCAUUCUUCAUCUUGCGCGUUCAGUCCGCUCAAGUCUUUUGUGCCUCCAUAAAGGCUACCGAAGAAGUCGAUUCCGUCAAUUCUUGUCGUAUCUUCUCCUCCGUGAUUGCUCACCACAAAAAUGUGUAAGCUAAACACGUUUUGAAAACGGACGUACCGGAGAGGAAUUGGCUCUCCUUUUCGCACGUCUUCCUCACUGAUGUCGAGUAUUUGGGCAGCCUGUGUCUCGUCUGCAUCCUCUACAUCCUCAAAGCCUAUUGAGGGGCGGUUUAUGAGAAGUUUCAAACUCUUCGGAGCUUGCGCAAUAUGCUCUCCAUUCGUUCGAAUCGCUAUACUUCGUAGUCGCACUGUCUGGUUGAAAAAAACGUUCAGCAGUAACUGUUCAUCCGCAUCACUCUCUAAGUAUGCAUCUGCUGCAGCGUCCUUGGACAGUAUGCUCUUCAGUGUAUGCUCCUGCGUUUCGUUCAAACAGUUCACUUGAGAUGGGUCGAGUUGCUCGCGUAGAUUUUUAUCUCCGGCAGUCUGGGCUUCUGUUGCACUCAUGUUGCUUUCC